CCUGAUCUCCCCGACAUCGGAUAUCGUGUUCCCUAUCAACCUCCGAGUAGGUUACAGAGCCGACAACACGCAUUCCAGUAUGGCGCAAGCCGCAGUCCGAAUUCUUUCCUCCGGAUGGGAGUUCAAGUGCGAAACGGAUGAGAGAUGGCUCCCCGUCUCGCAGGUCCCGAGCAAUGUUCACACGGAGCUUCUGCAGCACGGGUUGAUCCCAGACCCUUUUAAAGACACGAACGAGUUGGAAGUCUCGUGGGUUGCCGAACGGACAUGGUGUUACCGGACCCGUUUCGUGACGCCGAGCGAGGGGCGAGUGCAGGGCUCAAGAACCGAUUUGGUGUUUGAAGGCCUCGACACUUUUGCGACGGCCAGGCUUAAUGGAAAGGUUGUACUGGAAUCAGACAAUAUGUUUGUCGAGUAUCGAGUCGACAUUGGCAAGCUUCUUGCCGGCGGGGCUGAGAACACUCUGGAGAUCACGUUUGAGCCAGCGCGGCAACGUGGUUUGGAGCUUGUCAAAGCUCACCCCGAACAUGAUUUUAUUGUGCACCAGACUGAGGUCAGCAGAGGCCCCGUCCGGAAAGCCCAGUAUCAUUGGGGUUGGGACUGGGGUCCGAUUUUGUUGACGUGUGGACCGUGGAAGCCCGUGAGGCUCGAGUCCUACGUCAGCAGGAUAGAAGACAUCAGAGUGGACUACGAGGUUCACAAGAACCGAGGAGUGCCGACGAUCCUGGAAGCCACGAUCCACGCCCACGUCCUGGGCCCUGCAGCAGAGCUCGAGGUGGAUCUGCUCUUCCCUGGAGGACACGCCGUCAGUCUCAAGGGCCGCAACGACACGCCUGCAGAGCCGUCAUGGAAGUACUCAUCCACCAAACUUAGCAUCGAGGACCCGGACCUGUGGUGGCCGCGAGGUUAUGGCCCGCAAAACUUGUGCGAGUUGCGAGUUCGCACUAUUGGCGGUCCCGGGUCAACAUUGCUAGCCGAGGAGCACCAGAAGAUCGGAUUCCGCAAGGUUGAGCUAGUUCAGGAGGAAGACAAGUUUGGACGAUCAUUCUACUUCCGCAUCAACGGUGUAGACGUCUUCUCGGGCGGCUCAUGCUGGAUCCCCGCCGACAGCUUCCUUCCCCAGAUUACCCCUGAACGCUACCGAGACUGGAUCCAACUCCUCGCCGACGGCAACCAAAAUAUGAUCCGAGUAUGGGGCGGCGGCAUCUACGAGCCCGACGUCUUCUACACAGCCUGCGACGAACUAGGCAUCCUCGUCUGGCAAGACUUCAUGUUCGCCUGCGCCUCGUACCCAACCUACCCCGACUUCCUCACCUCCAUCACCACCGAAGCCCGCCAGAACAUCCGCCGGCUCCGGCACCACCCCUCCAUCAUCCUCUGGUGCGGCAACAACGAAGACUACCAGCUCGUGGAGCGCUACAACCUCGAAUACAACUUCGCCACCGACAAAGACCCCCAAUCCUGGCUCAAGUCCACCUUCCCGGCCCGCUACAUCUACGAACACCUCCUCCCCACCCUCACGCACACCGAGUCCCCCUCCACCCCCUACCACCCCAGCAGCCCCUGGGGCAACGGCACCAGCACAACCCUCAAAGUCGACCCCACCGUCGGCGACAUCCACCAAUGGGACCUGUGGAACGGCGAAGCCAAACCCUGGCAGGCCCUCGCCCAGAUGGGCGGCCGCUUCGUGAGCGAGUUCGGCAUGAUGGGCUACCCACACACGGCCACCCUCGAGGCCUUCCUCACCGACCCGGCCGAGCGCUAUGCCGGCAGCCGCACGCUCGACUUCCACAACAAGGCCGUCGUGCACGAGCGCCGCAUGCUGGCCUACGUGGGCGAGAACUUUGGCCUGGCGCGCGCGGCUUCGGGGGGCGGGGGUGGUGGUUUGGCGGCGUUUGCGCACCUGACGCAGGUCAUGCAGGCGGAUGCGCUCGCGGCCGGGUAUAAGGCGUGGCGGAGGGAUUGGGGCCGGGAGGGGGCGCGCGGGUGUGGGGGGGUGCUGGUCUGGCAGCUGAAUGACUGCUGGCCGGUGGUGUCGUGGGCGGUGGUGGAUUACUAUCUGGUGAAGAAGCCUGCGUUUUAUGCGAUCAAGCGCGCUAUGGCGCCGUUGGCGGUGGGUGUGACGCGCAAGUUUCAUGACUGGACUGCGCGGCCGGCGGAUGAGUUGUGGCGGAGGAAUACGGGGCAUGUCGACUCGCGGAAGAUGUUGACGGAUAUUGAGUUUGAUGUGUGGGUGGCGAGCUCGAGGCUGGAGGCUAUGAAGGGGAAGGUGGUGGUGAGGUUUGUGUCGGUCAAAACGGGGGAGGAGGUGAGGGGGAGGAUCGAGGAGGACAUUGAGGUGCAGCCGAAUGGUUGUACUGAGGUGUUGAUGGGGUAUAAGUUUGACUGGGGCAAGGCAACGGUCGCCGAGCCCGAGCACUUCGUCAUCCAAGCAGCGUUGUUGCUGGGCGGAACUCAGGUGAGUAGCGAUACGUCGUGGCCCGACCCCAUCAAGUAUCUCGACUUCCCCGAUAGGGGUGUUGCGGUGAAGGACCUCGGUCAGGGGUUGGUCGAGGUUUCUGCGGAGAAACCGGUGAAAGGGUUUGUCUUUUCCGAGAAACAGGGCAUGAAACUCAGUGACAACGGAUUCGAUCUUGUACCUGGGGAUGAGCCAAAACUGGUGCAGGUUGAAAACGGGGGUGCUGAGUUGGGAUGGACAUUUGUUGGUCGUUAAGAGGUUGGCAUUGCUAUGGACUAUUGAUAUAGACUGCAUUGCCAUAUGGUGGUUAUCAACUCUGCUCUGCUUGGACUUUACGAAUGGCCACUGAUAGCCUUCGGCUGGUAAAGCUCCUCGAGGUAUUUCUCCUCUUCUUCCGUCAGCAC